UCGCCCCAGAUUUUCAAAGUACGAAAAUGCCCAUUUCUUUUCCAGCUUGCUACCUGACUAUUUAUAAGAACGAAAAACCCAACUCCAAAGCGGCCGCUUCUCUUCUAGGGUUAGGGUUUGAGAAGAACGAACCGAAACUCGCCAAGAAGAAGAAGAAGAGAUGGCUGUUCCUCUGCUAACGAAGAAGAUCGUAAAGAAGCGUGUGAAGAAGUUCAAGAGGCCACAGAGCGAUCGCAAGGUCUCCGUCAAGCCAAACUGGCGUAGACCCAAGGGUAUUGAUUCCCGUGUGAGAAGGAAGUUCAAGGGAUGUACAUUGAUGCCCAACAUUGGUUAUGGUUCAGACAAGAAGACCCGUCAUUAUCUCCCUAAUGGUUUCAAGAAGUUUGUUGUGCACAACGUCCAAGAGCUUGAACUGCUAAUGAUGCACAACAGGACUUACUGUGCGGAAAUCGCUCACAAUAUAUCCACGAGGAAGAGGAAAGCAAUUGUUGAGCGUGCUGCCCAGCUUGAUGUUGUUAUUACCAACAAGCUGGCGAGGCUCCGCAGCCAGGAGGAUGAGUGAGCGUUUUGCAUUACCUUUAGAAGGAGAUCGCAUUAGAUUAAUACUUUCAGUUUGGAAAUUUUGUUUGUUGGGAUUUUGUUUCUCAUGUUGAAACCUCUUAAAUUUAAUUUCACAUGGCACUGUUAGUGGA